UCCACUCUCACCAACUUGACCUCCACGAGCACGGGGGCGACAGAGGACACUUCGACCACCACGGAGACAACAAGCACCACCGUGCUCACGCCCACCUCCACUCUCACCACCUUGACCUCCACGAGCACGGGGGCGACAGAGGACACUUCGACCACCACGGAGACAACAAGCACCACCACAACAAGCACCACCGUUCCAACGUCCACCUCCACUCUCACCACCUUGACCUCCACGAGCACGGGUGUAACAGAGGACACUUCGACCACCACGGAGACAACAAGCACCACCGUGCUCACACCCACCUCCACUCUCACCACCUUGACCUCCACGAGCACGGGGGCGACAGAGGACACUUCGACCACCACGGAGACAACCAGCACCACCGUGCCCACGUCCACCUCCACUCUCACCAACUUGACCUCCACGAGCACGGGGGCGACACAGGACACUUCGACAACCACGGAGACAACAAGCACCACCACAACAAGCACCACCGUUCCAACGUCCACCUCCACUCUCACCACCUUGACCUCCACGAGCACGGGGGCGACAGAGGCCACUUCGACCACCACGGAGACAACAAGCACCACCGUGCCCACGUCCACCUCCACUCUCACCACCAUAAGCACGACCGUUCCAACAUCCACCUCCACUCUCACCACCUUGACCUCCACGAGCACGGGGGCGACAGAGGACACUUCGACCACCACGGAGACAACAAGCACCACCGUUCCAACGUCCACCUCCACUCUCACCACCUUGACCUCCACGAGCACGGGUGUAACAGAGGACACUUCGACCACCACGGAGACAACAAGCACCACCACAACAAGCACCACCGUUCCAACGUCCACCUCCACUCUCACCACCUUGACCUCCACGAGCACGGGGGCGACAGAGGCCACUUCGACCACCACGGAGAAAACAAGCACCACCGUGCCCACGUCCACCUCCACUCUCACCACCUUGACCUCCACGAGCACGGGGGCGACAGAGGACACUUCGACCACCACGGAGACAACAAGCACCACCACAACAAGCACCACCGUGCCCACGUCCACCUCCACUCUCACCACCUUGACCUCCACGAGCACGGGGGCGACAGAGGACACUUCGACCACCACGGAGACAACAAGCACCACCGUGCACACGCCCACCACCACUCUCACCACCUUGACCUCCACGAGCACGGGGGCGACAGAGGACACUUCGACCACCACGGAGACAACC